AUGCAGGCAGUACGCCAAGCAAACCUACGUGCUCGAGAAACCGAAGAAGAAAACCGUAGCAGACUCGACAGGAUAGCGCAUCGAGAAUCAAUUUUACGCACUCAAGAAUCGGAACAGGAUGCUACUAUACGAAGAAUGCGAGACGCUGCACGUCACAGACAAGUCCGAUCGGAAGAAACGUUGUCAGUACGAGAAGACAGGCUACGCAUGAAUGCAGCACAACGUUCACGUAGCACUCUUCACAAUGCAGGGAGAUGUGGACUCGAAGUUUACGCUGAACAACACAGUGUCGGUUCAAUGGAAGGUUCCUGCGAUCUCUGCAACGGAUUGUUCUUUACGGGAGAAAGGAACGCAAGAGGAAGAUACAUGCACUGCUGUAACAAUGGGAAAAUUGUCGAAGCUGAAAGAAGAUAUCCAGAAGAAUGGCGCAAUUUAAUGAAUGGGAACCACCCAUUUUCUGAAGAGUUUUAUGCCAACAUACGUACUUACAACUGCCUGCUCAGUUUUGCUUCAAUGGGUGCCAAUAUAGAAAUGCCUACGGGUUCGGGUCCCUAUUGCUUCAGGAUUCAUGGUGCCAUAUAUCAUCGAACGAGCCACCUUCAUCCGCCUCAUGCCGGUCAAGAACAGUAUGCUCAGCUGUACAUUUUAGAUUCGGAUCAAGCGCUCAGGCAGAGAAUGAACAUAUUUGGAAAUGUUGCCCUGAAUGCCGAACUGCUGAGACAGUUGGACGCAGUUUUGAGGAACGUUAAUCCAUAUGCCGAAGCCUACAAGAUGCUGAAGGAAUUCGAAGAAGAAACUCUACGAGAGCAAGGCGCCGAAACUGCUGCGGAUAUCCGCAUGUACAUCAAGGGUGAAAGUGUAGGUACGGGCGAACACAGAGGACGUUACAAUGCUCCGAAAGAAAAUGAAGUUGCAGUCGUCUUCAAGAGUACGGACGGCGCUCCUCCAUCGAACCGAGACAUCGUGAUCCAUCCAAGAGGUGGCGGUCUCAUCAACAUCAGUACCUUAAAUCCCAACUUGGAACCGAUGACGUACGUGCUUUUCUUUCCUCACGGCGACCAAGGAUUCAGAGUCGGACAGCAAUACACAGAGCUGCAGUUUUACAGUCACAGGGUGUCCGUACGACGAGAUUGCUACAACCCGAUUUUGUAUGGCCGGAAAUUGUUUCAGCAGUAUCUCGUGGAUGCAUACGUAAAAGUCGGAAGAAGAUAA